AUGGAGAAGUAUUUGAGAAAGAACUUUGAUGUAGAGCCCAAGAGGCCAUCUGAAGAAGCUUUAAGAAGAUGGCGAUCUGCUGUUUGGUUGGUGAAAAACCCUCGAAGGCGGUUUCGAAUGGUUGCAGAUCUUGCCAAACGUGCCGAAGACGCGCGAAAGCUUGAAAAUUUUCAGGAAAAGAUACGGGUAGCUUUGUACGUUCAAAAAGCAGCAUUCCAUUUUAUUAGUGGGGUUAGUCGAGGCGAGCAAUACAGGACAUCUGAAGAGAUUAAGCAAGCAGGUUAUGGCAUUGAUCCGGAAGAACUCGCUACUAUUGUGCGGAACCAUGAUUUCAAACGCUUGGAACAACAUGGAGGAGUUGAAGGGUGUGCAAAAAAGUUAUCUGUUUCCAUCCAAAAUGGGGUAUCCUCCAACGAAAUUCAUCACAGACAGAAGAUAUUUGGAGUAAAUCAAUUUGUUGAGAAACCUGCAAGACCCUUUUGGAUGUUUGUAUGGGAUGCCUUGCAAGAUAUGACUCUGAUAAUUCUCAUGGUAUGUGCUGUGAUCUCUGUAGGAGUUGGAAUUGCUACUGAAGGAUGGCCAGGAGGUAUGUAUGAUGGUUUAGGAAUAAUCUUGUGUAUCUUGUUGGUAGUUUUAGUCACUGCAAUCAGUGAUUACAAGCAGUCGUUGCAAUUCAAGGAUCUGGAUAGGGAAAAGAAAAAUGUAAUUGUUCAGGUUACCAGAAAUGGAAGCAGACAGAAGGUAUCUAUACAUGAAUUGGUGGUCGGAGACAUAGUUCACCUAUCCAUUGGAGAUCUAGUUCCCGCAGAUGGGAUGUUUUUAUCAGGUUAUAGCCUGUCAGUUGAUGAAUCAAGCCUUUCAGGUGAAAGUGAACCGGUUGAUAUAGGAAGAGAGAAUCCUUUUCUUCUAUCUGGUACUAAAGUGCAAGAUGGAUCUGGUAAAAUGCUUGUGACAUCAGUUGGCAUGAUGACUGAAUGGGGAAGAUUGAUGGAUACUUUAAAUGAAGGGGGAGAAGAUGAGACACCAUUGCAGGUGAAGCUAAAUGGGGUUGCAACUAUUAUAGGAAAGAUUGGUCUGACUUUUGCUAUUUUGACAUUUUUGGUGCUCACAUUUAGGCUUAUAGCAAAAAAGGCAAUACUUGGUCAAAUCAGAAAAUGGUCUACCAAUGAUGCACUGGAUCUGCUUAACUUCUUUGCUAUUGCAGUGACGAUUCUUGUAGUUGCUGUACCUGAAGGGCUGCCUUUAGCUGUAACACUGAGUCUUGCUUUUGCAAUGAAGAAGCUGAUGAAUGAUAGGGCGCUAGUGAGACAUCUCUCUGCAUGUGAAACCAUGGGUUCCGCAAAUUGCAUUUGCACUGAUAAAACAGGAACAUUAACAACCAAUCAUAUGAUAGUUACAAGACUAUGGAUAUGUGGAGAAUGUAAGAUUAUAGGAAGUAACAGCUCUCAAAAUGCUUUGAUGUCUACUGCAUCAGAGGAAGUACUACACACGCUUUUGCAAUCUAUAUUUCAGAACACCAGUGGUGAGGUUGUGAAAGGAAAAGAUGGAAAACCAAGCGUUCUAGGUUCUCCAACAGAGACAGCCUUAUUAGAGUUUGGCAUGCUUUUUUAUGGCAACAGGGCUCCAAUAUUUCGUGAGUCCAAAAUACUAAAGGUUGAGCCUUUCAAUUCAAACAAAAAGAAAAUGUCUGUGACAGUGUCUCUUCCAGGUGGUGGGGUUCGAGCAUUUUGUAAAGGUGCAUCAGAAAUUGUACUGGGUAUGUGUGAUAAAUUAAUUGACAAGGAUGGCCAGUCUGUCCUUCUGACUGUAGAUCAGAGAAAAAGCCUAACAGAUGUCAUAAAUGGCUUUGCCUGUGAAGCUCUUAGAACCCUAUGCUUCGCUUUCAAAGAUAUAGAAGGAAAUUCUUCUACAGAUGAUAUUCCUGAAAACUCUUACACACUCAUAGCAAUUGUUGGAAUCAAGGAUCCUGUCCGCCCAGGUGUAAGAGAAGCAGUUCAGACUUGUUUAGAUGCUGGAAUUAUUGUCCGGAUGGUAACCGGUGAUAAUAUUCAUACAGCAAAGGCCAUAGCUAGAGAAUGCGGAAUACUGACUGAUGACGGCAUAGCCAUAGAAGGCCCAGAGUUUCGCGAAAAGAAUCUGCAGGAAAUAAAAAAGAUAGUACCAAAGCUGCAGGUGAUGGCAAGAUCUUUACCUCUGGACAAGCACAAAUUGGUGACCUUCUUGAGGAAAGAAUUGAGAGAAGUGGUGGCAGUGACUGGUGAUGGAACUAACGAUGCUCCAGCUUUGCAUGAGGCAGAUAUUGGACUAGCCAUGGGCAUAGCAGGAACUGAGGUUGCUAAAGAAAAUGCUGAUGUAGUCAUAAUGGAUGACAAUUUCGCAACCAUAGUGAAUGUUGCCAAAUGGGGUCGUUCUGUUUACUUCAACAUUCAAAAGUUUGUACAAUUCCAGUUGACAGUAAACGUGGUUGCUCUGAUAACAAAUUUCGUUUCUGCUUGCAUCACAGGUUCUGCUCCUCUCACUGCUGUUCAAUUGCUUUGGGUGAACAUGAUCAUGGAUACUCUUGGAGCCCUAGCACUUGCAACAGAGCCUCCACAUGACGGGCUAAUGAGAAAACCACCAAUUGGCCGGAAUGUUAACUUCAUUACAAAGAUUAUGUGGAGGAACAUAAUUGGUCAGAGUGUCUACCAAUUGGCUGUCCUUGGAGUAUUACAGUUUCAGGGAAAGAAGCUUUUCAAUCUUAGUGGUCCAGAUUCCACCUCUACUCUCAAUACCCUAAUCUUCAACACUUUUGUGUUCUGCCAGAUAUUCAAUGAAAUAAACAGCCGCGACAUGGAAAAACUAAAUGUGCUGCGUGGCAUUUUUGGGAGCUGGAUUUUCAUGUGGAUAAUUGUCUCGACAGUGGCUUUCCAAGUUGUCAUAGUAGAAUUCUUGGGAACAUUUGCAGAUACGGUACCUUUAAGCUGGAAUUUGUGGUUGGCCAGCAUCUUUUUUGGAGCUGCUGGUUUGCUCGUUGGAGUUGUACUCAAGUGCAUCCCUGUUUCGUUGGAGAGGAAGACUACGGCCACUGCUAGCAGCCAUCAUGAUGGCUAUGAAGCACUACCCACAGGACCAGUUUAA